CUGGGUUUGGUUCUGAUCUCAGUCUGAUGGAUCAGCAGGGAGCCGCUCAGAUCAGAUGAAGAUCUCAGCUGAUCCUGGACUCUCCGUCACUCUGAGCUGCUGGGAUCAAAUCCUCAGAAAUGAGCUGCAGUCAGAGUCUGAUCCUCUGCAGAGAUCAGACGGAUCCAGAAAACCAGACGGAGGACCGAGACGGGUUCUGGUUCUGGUUCUGGUUCUGACUGGCUGACGAUGGAGGAACCAGGAACAGAGCCUGGUCCAAUCAGCAUCAUCCACCUGAUGGAGCUCCUCCUCCUCAGCAGGUGGUUCCUGAGUGAAAUGUGAGUUUCAUCCUGUGAAGGUUUGUCUGCUGCUCUGAUCCCUUGAUGUGGAGGAAGGAGGCGGGUUCAGCUCAGUAACAGCAGCUGAACUGAAGCUGAACUGAUCAGUCAGAGCUACGAUGAGACCAACAUCUCUAGCAGCUUCACUCUUUCUGACCUUCUUGGUUUCCUGCACAGAGGCUGAAGUCCUCCCAGUUCAUCUGACUGUGAAUCCCAGCAGAUCUCAGUUCUUUAGAGGAGAAUCAGUGACUCUGAUCUGUGAGGAUGGAUGGACUGUGAGGAGAAACACAACCAGAGGAACCAGGACUGAGUGUGGAGAUAAAUGGGGAGAAGCUGAUGGUUCUACCUGUAACAUCACCUUGUUCCCAUCAGAUACUGGUCUGUACUGGUGUGAGUCCAUGUCUGGAUCCUCCAGCAGCAGCAUCCAGCUCUCUGUCUCUGGUGGAUCAGUGAUCCUGCAGAGUCCUGUCCUCCCUGUGAAGGAGGGAGAUGACGUCACUCUGAGCUGCAGAGCAAAGAAUCCAACCCACAACCUCCCAGCUGCUUUCUAUAAAGAUGGCUCCUUCAUUGGUGAUGGACCAUCAGGUCACAUGACCCUCCUCCAUGUUUCCAGCUCUGAUGAAGGCCUCUAUAAAUGUAAUGUCAAAGGUCAUGGAGAGUCUCCAUCCAGCAGGAUGUCUGUCAAAGAGAAACCGUCAACCACAUCGUCCCCAUCAACUCCUCCUCCAUCAUCAUCCUCUUCACCUUCCUCCCAGUUUCUCCUCUAUGGUCUCUUGUCUCUAGCUGGUGUUGUUCUGGUUCUACUGGUUCUACUGGUUCUACUGGUCAAACGUCACAUUAACAGGAAAUCUAAAGAUAAUCAGGAAGAUGGAGAGGAAAGUUUAACUUACACUGAUGUUCAAAUAUUCCAGAGGAAACAACAGAAAGACAAACCAAACGAAGGAAGCGAUCCGUCUGCAGUCGUUUCCACGGUGACGACAGAUGAAAUCAGUUAUGGGCAGAUAAUCAUCAGAGAAACCAGGAAAAGAGAUUAUAAACCAGAACCAAAAGUAGUUUAUUCCACCCUGAGGUAAUCCUCCAGGUCCAGCAGGAACCUCCAGCGGCCUAGUUAAAGCCCAGAGUGAUCGAUCGACUCCUGGUGAAUAUUUAUCUGUCUGUAGAACCAAAUGAAUGUAUUUAAUGUUUCAGUCUCAUGUUUUCAGUAAUUCACUGUUUUUAUUUGAAAUGUCUGAACUGUUAAAACCUCAAAGCCUGUUGAACCAGUUUAACCAGUUGAACCAGUUGAACCAGUUUAACCAGUUUAAGUUGUUUAACCAGUUUAACCUGCGGUUCUGCAGCUUGUUGCUAACAAACAUGAUGUUCCUGUCUGUCUGUCUGUCUGUCUGUCUGUCUGUCUGUCUGUCUGUCUGUCUGUCUGUCUGUCUGCCUGCCUGCCUGUCUGUCUGUCUGUCUGUCUGUCUGUCUGUCUGUCUGCGGUUCACCAGUGGAAACUUUUAUUCACAGCAGCAGGUGAGAAAAACUGAACCAGAACCGCAGAACAAACCUGUUAAAACUAAAAAAAUCCCCCAGUGUGUGAAAGUAAAGCUGAUCCUUCAGGUUGUUUAUUGAUUUUAUAUUUAAAGAAUCUGUGAUAAACUGCAGUUAAAGUUAAAUUAAGUGUCUGUGGAUUCAGAACAUCAAUAUUAGAUAAAUAAUCUGGGAGUUUUAUUUCUGUUAGUUGGUCCAGUUGGUUCUGGUUGGUUCUUCACUUUUAUUUUUGUUUGUCUUAAUUUGUUAUAUUAAACAAUAAACCACAAGAACAUUUUUUUGAAAAUGUAUUUUAGUUGUAAAAUGUGUGAAAUGUCCCUUUAAAAUAAUCAAUUAUAAAUCAAUAAUCACAAAAUGCAGCAGCGGAAAAAUGACCUACAUUUAUUUUGAACAAUUUUAUGUUUUAUUAUUGAAUAAUAAUUAAGUGGAAGGAGAAUUAAACUGUUUUUAUAAAUAAUCUGAAAAGUGCGGCAUGUAUCUUCAUUUUCCUCUAAUAUUCCUGAAUAAAAUCCAGUCCAAACAGCA